AUGUCCGACCUCAAGCCCGCCAGCAACCUCGACCCGAACGCGUGGUACCACCUCACCGAGGGCCGGGUCGACGACUACGACAAGAAGAAUUUUGGCGGCAUGCUGCAGAUUGACGGCAAGGGCGUCUUUUACGUGUUCGCCGCCGACAAGAACCAGUACUUUCAGUUUCAACCCGUCGACGACAAGCCCGGGCGCUACCAGAUCCGCGCCUCCAAGACGGCCAUCAACCGGCAGCUCGGCGUCUGCCGCGUCGAGGCCGAGACCGACUCGGACAAGACGCGCCCCUGCAUGCUCGCCCCGGACGGCAGCGACGUGCAGAAGUGGGACGUGGCCAACUGGGGCAACAACACGUACCGCUUCGUCAACGUCCACAACGGCACCGGCUACCACCUCGACGUCCACCCGGGCUCCGCCGUCUUCCUCAGCUCAAACAUCGACACAAAGGUCUACCAGCCCGCCCAGCACUGGCUCAUGACCAGCGCAAAGGCGGUCAACGACGGCGCCUACAGCACCGUCUUCUCCGACGUCCCCGUCUCAACCAUCACCUCCGGCGGCACCACAAGAACCAUCUCCUCCCACCCCGGCUCCUCCUCAACUUCCGACCCCGGCUCCGGCUCCGGCUCCUCAUCCUCCUCAUCAGGCCUUUCCUCGGGCGCAGCCGCCGGCAUCGGUGUCGGCGUCGCCCUCGCCGUCAUCGCCGGCUCCCUCCUCGCCUUCUUCCUCUGGCGCCGCCGCCGCCGCGCCGCCGCCCGCGACGCCUCCCCAGCUGAGCUCGGCGACAACAAGCACGGCACCGCCGCUGGCGCCACCCCGGGAAGCUACCACGACCACCCGUACUCGCCCGAAAAGACCACCCCCGUGCCGCCCUACUCGCACGCGCAGAGCCCCCCGCCGCAGCAGCCGCAGGAGAUGCCGGAUAACCCGGCCCCAGUCGAGGCUCCCGCCGAUGAGCGCUUCGAGCUCGACUCGACGCCACACAGUGACCGGCGGUGA